UUACUCUGGGCAAUGGAUUUUCAAUACAAAGGAGCUAAGCAUAAGCAAGCAGCUAGGGUUGCUAACGCUCUCUCACGUUAACUGGUAAUGAUCGCCGCCGUCUUCGAGUUGUAGCUCGAGUUCUUUCAGCUUGCAUUGCGAUUCGCCCCGGUCUGUUGCCUUUCUUCAUUUAUCUUUGGAGGAGAGAUGAGUAAGAAAAAGAAUCCUUUGGUAUUCUUAGAUGUUUCAAUUGGUGGAGAUCCAGUGGAAAAAGUUGUUAUUGAGCUAUUUGCAGAUGUCGUUCCCAAGACAGCUGAGAAUUUCCUGGCACUCUGUACAGGUGAAAAGGGCAUUGGCAAAUCUACCGGGAAACCCUUGCACUAUAAAGGAACUUUUUUCCAUCGAAUAAUCAAAGGAUUCAUGGCUCAGGGUGGUGACUUUUCAAUGGGAAAUGGCACUGGUGGAGAAAGUAUUUAUGGAGGGAAGUUUGCAGAUGAGAACUUUAAACUAGCUCAUGAUGGUCCUGGGGUUCUCUCUAUGGCAAACAGUGGUCCAAGCACAAAUGGGUCUCAAUUCUUUAUAACCUUCAAGCGACAACCCCAUCUUGAUGGGAAGCAUGUUGUUUUUGGCAAGGUAAUUAAGGGAAUGGAUGUUUUGAAGAAAAUGGAGCAAGUUGGAACAGGUGAUGGAAAGCUUUCUCAACCUGUCAAAAUAUCAGACUGCGGUGAAUACUCUGAAAGUAUACUUCAGGAUGCUAUUGGGAAAACUGAAGGGAAAGGGAAGAAAUCAAAAAAAGUUGCUUCUUCUGACAGUUCUGACAAGCAAGUGAAGAGAAGCAGAAAGUCUUUGAAGGAUAGAAGGAAUAAAAGAAAAAGAAGAUACUCUUCAUCUGAUUUCUACAGCUCUGACUCUGACUCCGAUUCCUAUUCUUCAGAUUCAGAAUUGGAUGACUCUGCAUCUGAAUCAAGUUCCUCUAGCGAUGGAAGAAGACAUAGGAGGAGGAGGUUGACAAAAAGAGACAAGUGUAAACGUGGGAAGAAGAGGAAGGGUGGGCGAAGAGAUAGGAAAAAAGGCCGUCAAGAAAGAAGAUCAAAACGCAAAUGGAGUUCAGAUAGUUCAACUGACAGUGAAAGUGAGAGUACAAGCUCCAGCAGUGGCAGCGAUGUUGAGAAAGCUGGUUCUCGCCGUGUUUCUGCUCAUGCCAAUUGUAUCCCCAAACCUGCUGAAGGGCUAGAAAGGAAUAAGUUGAAGGUCACCAAGGAAAACUCGCACGAAGAAGGUGAAUUGUCCCCAAAAAGUGAUGAGCUUCCCAACAACGGUAACGGAAACAAAGCUGCUAAACAACAUACCCAUAUAGAUGGCUCAGACAGAUCAAGAAGUGUGAGCCCAACCACAAAACGGAGGCCAAACAGAAGUCGCAGCCAGAGCAUGACUCCUCCCAAGGAUGAUGAUAAAAGCCCUCCUCAGAUAUCUCACGAGCAGAACCAGGGAAGGACUACCCAUAGCACAUUGAGUAGUCCUUCAAGGAAAGCCCCUACAUCUAACCAAGGUCGUAUUUCCUCAAGAAGUCCGUCUCCAGGUGGCAAACCAAAGCGUGUAAGAAAAGGUCGUGGCUUCACUGACCGCUAUUCCUUUGCACGCCGAUACCGUACACCUUCUCCCGAGCAUUCCCCACCAAGAGCCUACCAUUAUGGUGGAAGAAAUAUUCCAGAAAGAAACAAUGAUAGAUAUUCUAGGUACAGAAAUAAUUCAGAUCAAUCAACCCGCAGACGCUGUACAAGCCCGGCAAGAGGCCAUAGUCCACCCAGAUAUGGGCGCAGAAGAAGUAGGAGUAGGAGUGUUUCUCGCAGCCCAGUUGGUUAUCGGGGUCAAUACAGAGAUCGAAGUCAGAGCCAGAGUACUAUUCGAAGUCCUAGUCCUAGAGACAAACGACCUGCCAUAAGCAAGGGGUUGAAAUCUCGUCUUGGUCCUCGAAUCGAUGAUCACCGCUCCCCAUACAAAGACAAAUCGGGGUCAAGGUCCUCUAGGUCAAGGAGUAGUGGGUCCUCGCGUUCUAGAGCUCCUGAUAUCUCACCACCAAGAGAUCGCAACAGAAGGUCUGCAUCCCCUGACAAGUCCAAAUCAAGCUCCCCAUCCGGACAGAGGGGAUUGGUCUCUUAUGCAGACUAAAUCCAUGCCCCUCUACUGUGCUUGGUUUGCAACACAAGAGGGAAGAGAUUUUGGUUGGGCAUGACAUUUUAUAUGCUAUUACAAAUUUUAAGAUUGUGGAUUUAGAGUUGCAAAAUAGUUGUAGUUUUUCUUUGGCCAGCAACCUUAGAAAGACAUUGAGAACUUAUG